UUCCCCGCCUCUUCAGCCAAUCAGGAGGCGGGGCGGCCUCUUGCCGCUUGCGGACGAAUCUCCGCCCGGCAUUUGGGCGGGGGGGCCGAGCGGGGCAGAGACGUGGCGGUGGCCGCAGCUGGACCACGGACCGGACGGGAGCCGAGCCAUGACCCGUGGCAACCAGCGCGAACUGGCGCGCAGCAAGAAGAUGAAGAAGCAGACCGACUCCUCCAAGGGGAAGCGCCGGGACGACGGGCUCUCCGCCGCUGCCCGCAAGCAGAGAGACUCGGAAAUCAUGCAGCAAAAGCAGAAGGCGGCCAGUGAGAAGAAGGAGCCUCCACAGCCCCAAUAGAUACUGCCAACAGCAAGGGCCCCAGAGGAAGCCCAGCAGGUGCCUUCUGCCUCCUCCCCCUGCCCCAGCCUCUCGCCUUUCUGCUUUGCUGCUCUCACCUGUAACCGCAGUGGGAUGCUGGUGGCGGCCAGCGUGAGGCCUCCUGCGGCCGGGAAGGGGCCCUGGGCUGCUGAAGAAUCCAGUGGCGAGCUGCUCCCUUCCCCCUUUGAAUGGGCCUGCUUGGCUAUUAAAGUAGCAGCUUUCCCGGU